AUGAUGCAAUCGUUGAUGGUCGAUGUUAAAAUCAACCAGUACUUGCACAACGAGUACCGACCCUCAUUCGUGGGCCUGCACUACAGGUUGUGUGACCUUGUCAAUAAAGAACCUUUCAUUGGAGGCGCUAUCAAGAACUCGGGUUUGGUUUGCCCAUUGCCUGCUGGUUAUCAUGCCAUAAUGAACAUAACAGCGCCGACAGAAAACUUCCCAAACGUUUUUCCCUUCGAGAAGGGACGCCUAGAGAUCACAGCAUCCCUUACCAGCACGGGCGAGCCAGUUUUAAAGCUCUUUGUCGAAGCUAAGUUCAAGCAAAAAUGA